CUCUUCAAACCCAACUCCCAGUUCUCUCUCAAAGCUUCAACCUUUUUUUUUUCCCCUUUUCCUCAUUUGGUUUCUUAUUAUUAUUCAUUUUAGUUUCAUCCAUAUAUAACACUCCCUUUUGCUCUUUUUUUGAAUGACCAUAUUAUCCUACCUAAAUCUUAUUAUUAUUAUUAUUAUUACUGUUUUUCCAUCUUUUGAGGUUUUGGGUCAUCCCAACUACGGGACUGUCACCACCACCGUCGCUGCCAUUUCUUCUUUGGGAUUGGUUAACAAUGGAACUUAUGGAACACAACAGUUUGAUCUCCGAGUUGACUCAAGGGAAGGAACUCGCCCUUCAACUCAGAACUCAUUUUCAUCCUUCUUCAUCCCCCGAACAAGCUUGCCUUUUCUUGACUGAAAUGAUUCAAUCUUCUUUCGAGAAAGCACUUUUGCUUCUCAAUUCCAAUUCUUCUAAUUCAAAAACCCACCAAAUUGCUUUGUUGGAUGCACAAGAAGAAGGAGAAGAAGAACAAGAAGAAGAAGGAGAAGAAGUGGAUGAAUCAUCCGCUAAGAAAAAGAGGAAGAUCAGUAGAAGCAGAGAUGUGUUGAAAAAGAGAAAAUUGCUUCCUAGAUGGACCGAGGAAAUCAAGGUUUGCAAUGGAACUGCUCCUGAAGGCCCUCUCAAUGAUGGUUAUAGUUGGAGAAAAUAUGGCCAAAAAGAUAUCCAUGGUGCUAAUUUCCCAAGAUGUUAUUAUCGAUGCACACAUAGAAACGUCCGAGGAUGUUUGGCGACAAAACAAGUUCAAAAAUCCGACAAUGAUCCAAAUAUCUUCGAGGUAACAUACAGAGGAAGACACACAUGUAACCAAUCCUCUAAUUUGGGAUCGACUUCCUCCAUUUCAUCUCAAAAUCAAAUUUACGAAGAAACAAAUCAAAUUCACCAAAACCCCAAUUCUGAAAUUUGGUUUGAUUUCGGAGAUAACAAUUUUAAUCUCAAAACGGAGGAUUUCAACCAAGUUUUCCCACCAUUUUCAUUUUCCUACGAGCCGAUAAUGGACCCGACUUUUAUUCCCGGCGAGGGCUUGACUGCAGCAGCAGUGUCGUCGCCGGCCUCGGACACGGCCUGGGAUUGGAGCGGCUACGACGGUGGACUACAGAGGGUUCAGUCGUCGGAGCAAUCGGCGGUGACAGAGAUAAUUUCGGCGACAACUUCAGUGACAAAUUCGCCGAUUUGCAUUGGGGAGUGGGAUUUCUCGCUUGACAAUAUUGAUUUUGACCAGAAUUUCCCCUUUGACUCUCUAGAUUUCAUCUCUUGAUUUUUUUUUUUUCUGGUUAUAUUAUCAUUAACUUUUUUCCACGUAGGAUUUGAGAUGUUUUUGUUUCUUUAGAUAUUCUUCCAUUGUGUAAGAAUUAUUUUGAGAAGUGUCUGUGGGGAUUAAUCUGUGUAGUUUAAAGUUUUAUUGUUAUUUAAUGAUCAUCUAGUAUUGUAGUUAUUGAA